CCCCUGUCUUCGAAUUCGAACGUCAUUAGUUAUUUAAAUUUUUUAGCAAUAUGAACAUGAACUUCAGAGUUCUGAUAAAAACACACCGUAUUUUCUAUUCCAGGAGUUCAUAUGUAUCUCAAAUUGUGUUGUUUUCCUCUAAACCUCCUUCGGAUAAGCCGCUCAGUCCACGAAUGGAAGAAUUUCAAAAAAAGCUGAGAGAGAAGACACCAAUAGGAAAAUUAGAUGAAUUAGUAGGUAAUCAUCCCUACCAAGAAAAGGAACCUCUUCAACCUUGGCCUAAUAAUACAAAUCCAGACACUGGUGAAAUCGGUGGACCACGAGGGCCUGAACCAACCCGAUAUGGUGAUUGGGAACGUAAAGGACGGGUGUCUGACUUUUAAUGGAAAGAUAAAUGCUGUGAACUAAUUGUUAAUUGACUUGAGUAGAAAAAAAUCAUGUCUGUACUUCGUCUUAGUGUUGAAAUAUGAGUAAGCGGAAUAGUU